AUGUGCUGCUGGUGUGCACGUGUCUACUGGACGGUACUGCACAAUCUCCUGGUUCGCCUGCUGGACAGCCUGAUGGAAGUGAGAUCGCCCGCCUUCUGUAGCUGCUGCUUCGGCUAUCAGCGGCAGGCCAGUCAGGAAAGUGACGUCGCAGAACGGGUUUCCAGCACUGACGACGAUCCACAUCAGCAGCCCCGUGAGGAUUACGUCAUUGUGGACGCUGCCGACGUCAACUACGCGGAGAUCAAGGAGCGGCAUGUGGAGAAGGAGCAGUACUACUUCACAGUGGAUCGACCCACGGCGGAGCGAAUGCUCCAUGGACGAGAGGACGGCUCCUGCCUGGUACGUCCCUUCAAGGCAGCCGACCAGUGCAUUCGGUACAUCGUGAGCAUCUGGGCGGCGGAUCAGUACUAUCACCUGUUCAUAAGGCAAGUGGACAGGAGACAGCGCUACGCCAUUGGGCAGAAGAAGUGCCAGGAGCGCUGCUUCGGUUCGCCCUCGGAAAUUGUGGACUUCUACACGGAGCACCCACUGCUCUGCACCAACAAAGUCCGGAGCCAGUGCGUCCGGCUGUGUCCCAUCAGUUACGCUUAGCUAAGGGCAAAUCUUUAUUGCAUAAGAGUGGGGCAAGUAUGUACAAAUGGGGUUAGCUUAAGACGCUCAUGUUAGCUCAGGUUAGCUCAGGUGGCCACCACCGCCUUGAAGGCGCACUGGUUGUUCUGCAUCAGGGCGGGCCAAAGGAAGGCCUUUAUCAGAUCCGAUCGCCGGUCCGCCUGGGGAUGCCGCUCGUGUUUCUCGGGCCUCAGGAAGCCUGCAUGGGAUUUACGUAGAUUUAAUGACAAUCAAUUAAAGUUUGAUUAAGAAAUUGA